AGCUAAACAGUUUUUCCCAGGCUAACAUAUUAAAACGAUCGUUUAUGUUUACAUUUUCAUCGAAUUUGUCAAUGAGUGGCGUGCUUUUUAAAAAUCAUCUGGGCUAAGUAGGAGCUUAGAGUUGAUUUAACGGCACUCAACUGCAAGUUGACAAUCGAGUCUAGCGUAAAACUUGAUUCGCUGACUCCGUCGCUGCCAUUGUAUAUAAAUUCAGAAUCGGUCAGAGUUACGAAGCAGUGUUGAAUUGGAAAUGAUGUUAACCAGCUGAAUUGUGUACUACAGAAAACGUUGACGCUCCGUGAUCAUUACUUUAUUCAUUGUCUUACUGGAUUUGUGUGCACAUUGUUUCAUUUUUUACGUUCUGAAAAGUGUAUUGAAAAUGUUUUAUUUUCUACACUUUUUGAAUAAUUGAUGCCAGGGAUUAUAUUUUCGAUCGGAGAGUUAUAAAUUUCUAGGUACUGUCACGAAAGACCUAGCAAAUAAUUUAUUUAACGUAGAAAAUUUUAGCGGUCUAAAAUGACAUGACAUGUUAAAAAGAGAACUUUUAUGUUGAAACUUGGAUUUUAUUUUAAAUAUUAGCAUUUUCAUGAGUAUGCAUCUUUAUUAAGUCAAUUUCAAAAAUGGAAACUUUCGCUAUUAGGUACUUUCUUCAUAUAUUUUUGUGUGGAUUUUGUGCAGCUAUUGAUUUGACUGCGGACUUAAAAUAUUUAUCAGAAAUGUUACCUGGUUACUAUAGUAAUAAUGGAAGACAUUCUAAGCAUUUCCGGCACAGUUUCGAGCGCCCUUUAAGUUCCCAGGAUACUCCGGCGGAAGCAUUAACCACAAUACCUCUGACGGCGGUCUAUCGGCCGGUAGACGUUACGUUUUUACCGGAUUGUUUCAACGUGUACGUUGAACAGACUUUAUACGGCAAGCAAAGACCUCAUAGACAAUGGUUGUAUAGUUUCUCAAAAGACGAACGGACACGUUCAAUUAAAUUAAAAGUAUACAAUUUUAUAGAUAAAUCUUUAGUUGAAAAAAUUAGCAAGAAUCCAAGGUCAGUAAAAUAUUUAAACGCUAGAGACGUUUCAACGCGGAGUGAAUGUGACAUGUUUUGGCGACGUCUAGGAGAAACGUUUGUUGGAACAACGUCAAGGCAAUGUGUGGCCAUGGUUGACGGUAAACAGGUACGAAUCUCUGUUAUGACAACACUUACACAGAAGAGUUUACAAAUAGACGAAGGCUGGUACAAUGCCGUCGAUGGUUCAAAGGUUAUUGAACUUGAAGGUCCCAUCUUCAUGACCAAAGUGGAAACCAUCUCUGAAAAUCCGUACAAGAGAGGGCACUAUCCACCACUAGAUGUCUUAUUCCAAAUGCAACACGAAUGGAAAGUUUUAGCUAAUAUCAAGAAUAUUCAUCAUUCUUGGAUUUCACGACAUCCGGGAACCGGAUACGAGCGUGAAGACCAGCAAAAGCACGAGGAAGUAGCUCUGCUACAGCAAGACGCUCGGACGCGGCAUAAGAAACAAAAUAGCCGCUUCGAUAAAAACAGGAUUCCAGAAGGCAAACGCCCGCGAGAAAAUCCGAGGAAGCAGCUAUAUAUUUCUUCAAAUGAUGUACCCACAUCUAACUAUAGGCACAAUGGUCCUAAAACCAGCCCACUCCUAACAAAUGCAAUAGAAAAAGCGGGAUUUGAUCCCUACAAUUAUAAGAGAAAAAAUGGCGGUGAUACGGGUUACAGACGACAGACCACGUCACCGAGCAAACCAACAGAAGAAAAGUCCACUUGGAACCUGCAAACGUACGAAGGUGUAAUAGAUGCCCUUCUAACAGGUCAUAAAGUAUACUUCACCGCACAUACCAAAAAUUGUUUCCAUGAACACGCGCGAAAACGGGAGCAGACGACAUUCGGAGAUUAUGUUGACGUUUUUGAGAUUCAAAAAGAUUUCUCCAUAAAACAGCCGAACAAACUGUUACAGUUUUCCUUGAAGAGAAUGCAGCACACAAAACGCAGAGGUUUUAAAGAAAUCAUACGAGAAGUAACGGUUCAUAGAAAUAGCACUGUACACAUAUUAACUGUCAUUCUGAACGAGGAUGGAAAUAUUGACAGAAAUUCCUACGCCGAAUGUAACCUAUAUAAUCAAGACACAGGGAAAGGUGAUGUAAAAUUUUACCUUGACCCUUAUCGAUCGGUUUCCAAGGUGACCAAACUGCGCAACCUGAGGACAAAUCUUCAACAAGGAAAGAUGAUCAGGAUGACGACGGAACUGGACAAGUGCAGCGGCGGUCAGUCAGACUUCAUCACCGUCGGGGGAGAAUUUCGUGGCUAUGAUCUAGGGAGAAAUAGCAAGACAGUCGAUGUGACAUUGUCCACUACAAAACUAAUUCCACAGCCAGGAGGGGAUCUUUCCGUCGAGGAACAUUUCACCAUAUUUCGCUUUCCUAAGCAUGGGGAGAUAACCGUAACACGGCACCGGAAGCACGUGACUAGCCUCGUUCAAAAUGUCUCCAUAGUGAACGGUUUCCAGAAAUACAAAUGUGAAAUAGAUCCGAACUCCAGUACAAAAACAGUGCAUUUGUUUAAUUCUUGAUCCAAUAAUGCUAAAAUAAACUGGCACUCAAAUAUUGUUGUUCUUCAAUGAAAUUAUUCAAGUGCCUUUCUAACGAAAAUGCACGGGUAUUGCGCGUUCUAAGGCAUAAAACAUGCCUGUUCACUCCAUUUUUAUUGACAUAUAAAAUUUUCUUAGGUCAAAGAAUUGCUUGUUUGCUGUGAGAUGGUACUGACAAUGUUAUAUGAAUUCCAUAUGUGAAGAUAUGACUUCAGUUUUAAGUGCAUACGUGAUGUUAAAAUUAUCCAUCAGUAACUAUGAAUAUAUACCAGACGAGAACUUACCGUACAACAAUGCUAGAAAGUUGUGGCUCCCUGGAGUAUAUUUAGUGAGUUUUUAUAGGUUUGCCUUUGAUAGUGUAUGAUAAAAUUUAGCACUGUGUUGAGGCGUUUUGAAUGCAUAAUAGAUAAACAUUCUCGUUUUUUUAUUAUUAACUUAUUUUAUUGUUACAUUUACAUGUACUGUAAUUUGUAAAACAUGUGUUUGGUUGUGUCUAAUAUUUUGUUGUUUGUAAUGUUUUACCCGUCCAAAAAAGGAAAAAUACUUAUAUUACAUUGUAUUUUUUAGUUUUAAACUUUUUUUUGUACAUUGCUUUUAAAUGCUAAAAAGUUCAUACUUAAAUUUUAAGUAAUUUACUAGGUUUUGUGUUAGUUAAUAAAAGUGAAAAACAUACAUACAUGCAACACAUACGAUAUAUGCCCUAGUUGGAUUUUAAUUGUUUUUAAUUGUCAAUAUCAUACACUGAUUAGAUAAAUGUAAAACAACAACAAAAAGCAUAAUAAAGAACACAUUGUUUUAAAUACUUGUUUCAUCACAUUUUGAAUACCUCGCCGUAGUUCUUUUUUUUACUGACAUUUUCCAAUUCUGUUUAAAGUGAAUUGGUCUAUAAUGGAAGGUCUAAUUAUGUUGAUAGUAUUUAGUAUCAUACAUGAUAACAAACCACGAAAGAAUUACAUAUGGACUUUAUUAGAAAGUGUGAGAUACAUGAUCCGAUAUUACAUAUCAUGUAUAUAUACAGAAGAUAAUAUUUUUUUCCAGAACAAAAUAUUAUUUUUCAUCAUAUAAAUGUUCAUACUUAAUCAUUUAGAACUAUAUCAACCUUUUUAUCAAGAAAUAUUUCAUAAACGAAUAUCAAAAUGAUAUAUUUCUACAGCUUUUAUCAGUAAUUGAAAUGAGCCGCGUCACGACAAAACCAACAUAGUGGGUUUGCGACCAGGGUCCAUGCUGGUCGCUUACAAACCCUAUAACAAGUAGAGAAACUGAUAGCGAACAGCAUGGAUCCUGAUCCGACUGCGCGGAUGCGCAGGCUGGUCUGGAUCCAUGCUGGUCGCAAACCCAUUAUGUUGGUUUUGUCGUGACGCGGCUCAAAUACUUGUGGAAAAUGUGCCCAUUGUAGACCAAUCCACUUUAAAAUUUUAUGAUAAUUUAAGGACAAAUAUAUCAAAAUACUGUCAUAUUAACAAGUUGUAAUAUAUUUCUUUGUAUUAAUUUUAUUCAGCAUAUGGCAACUUAACUUGCAAUAUGGUACCGAAAAGGACGCUCUAAUUCCAGCGACGCACAAUUAUGUCAUUGUCAUUUCCUAACAUACGUUACGUUAGUGCAGUAACGUCUUACUUUCCUAUUAAAUUAUAUAAAGAGUUAACCUAUUACUGCAUUAAAGUGACUGAUAUACUUUUAAUUACGUGCAUAUGAUAAUAUAGACUUUUAAAAUGCUAAAAUAAUUAAAAUGGGAAACAUAAUGUAUUUUAAGCACAAUUAAAAUUUUGAAAAGUCUGUUUAAUAAUUUAUGAUUUAGUUAUGAGUUAUUAUCAUAAUUCUGUCGGAUUGUAAAUUUUGUACAUGUUUAGCACUGUAUAUAGUCAUUUCACUUAUUUAUAUAUGAUAUGUAAUAAACAAUUUCUUUGAUGCA